GACACGGGCCGGGGGGGUCCGGGGGCAGUGAGCCCGGCCCGGGGGGUCCGUGUGCCCGGCGCUGCAGGGACACGGGGCAGGUGCAGCCUGGGGGUCCCCGCAUGCCGGAUGGUCCCGGGGUCACAGCAGGCUGCUGGGACUCGGGACCCCAGGCUGCCGGCCCUGGCUUUGUCCCGUCUCGCCGGAUGGUGGCUGGUGCCUGUGAGAUGGGGGGAGGGCCCCAGGACCCAUAGCCAGGCAGCCCUAUGGGGGAGUGGAGCCUAGUGCAGAUGGCCCUGGGCCUCCCUCCUGCCACCUGCAUAGAUUGGAAAUUCCCUGGGGGCCGGGUUGCAGCUGUGCAUGUACAGUGCCUGGCACGGGGCAUCAAUGCCAUCCCAGCCUUCUCCCCAGCUCCCCCCUCCUUGGGGCUGGGGGGUGGGUGCAUUUGUCCGGCUGCGCGGGCGACUCUCUCUAGGGUACCGGGCCCAGCCGCAGCUGCCAGACCCCGGCUUGGCGCUGCCACCCUGGGUCUGAGCUGGGGGCCUGCAGCAUGGGGCUAAGGGCUGCUGGGCUGGGACCCCGUCGCUCCUGGCCUGCAGGAGGCGGGAGUCCCGCAGCUGGUUCAGAGAGGAGACAGCAGCCCUGGACCUUUGGGGUCUGCUUAUUUAGCAGCUUCAGCCCUGUUUUCUCUCGCUCCCGGGUACAGCGGUGCCGCGGGCAGAUAGUGCCCCUCCCUGGGCCUUGCUGGGUGCUGACAGACGCUGUCCCUGCAGGACCCUGGGACCCCACAACCAGCCUCUGCUGUCCCCAUACGAGUCACUGGGCCUGACACUGAAAUGCAGCCACCUCUGGGGUGGGAUGUGGCAGCUGUUUUAACCCUCCCCAUGUGGGGGUGGGGCGGGAAAUACUAUUAAUUGAGUCUUCCUGUGUUUUUAUCCUAUGGAUCAGCCUCAGAAAUAUGGACUUCCAGGGCCCCAAUCCUGGCAGCGUCCCUUGGCGUGGGGGGCAUCAUUUCUGGGGCGCAAUUAGGUUGGGUACAUGCCACGUCUUUCAGGCUGUGCCGAAUCCCAAAGGCAGAGCUGGCCUCCCCUCCCAGGCCCCUCUCCUCGGCAUUUGGGCAGAGAGAGCCGCACGCCGCAUGAGUGUCCCGGCUUCCCGCCUCUGAGCUCUGUGUCUCCCAGCCCCUCGGUUUGCAUUUUGAGCCCCAGAGCUAGCGAGAGAAUCCCACCCCGUCGCAGCCCCGGGAGCCUGGGGUAAACCCUGUCUCUCCUGCUGCUGCCCAGCCUCAGGCGGCUCGGAUGGACCUGACUGGCUCACUGUGGGGGCCAGUUUUGGAGGUUUCUGGUGCAUUUCACAGCAGAAACGCUGCUGAGCUGUGGCCCUCGGGAGGCAGGUGCUGGGCUCGCCGGGGAGCCCCAGUCCUCCCGCAGUUGGACCCCGCAGCACCAGGGCGGCUCCCUGAGGCCACUCGAGUGACACCUUCCCAUUGCGGGAGAAGACACGGCCCCUACAUUGACCUGGGCGCCUCUUUAGCUCACCUAGGUGAGGGACAGGAGCCAGGAUCCUGGGUCUAACCCUAGCUGUGGGAUUGGGGGACUAGUGGUUAGAGCAGGGGGCUGGAGCCAGGAUUCCUGGGUUCUCUCCGCAGCUCUGACUGUCUGUGUGCCAUCUGACUAAGCCCCUUCUCUGUCUGUGUCCCCAUCUGCAGCCCGGGGGUAGCAGUGAGUGUCCCUGUGCCCGGGACUCAGCGCUGCCCUAUGCCUAGGAGCUGAGCCCGCCAGGCACAGGCCUGGGCUCAGACCUCGGCAGGGAGGAGCCAGGUCUCUGCCCCGUGGGUCAUGGGGGCUGUUCACCCUGCUGUGGCCGGCACUGAGGCCGGACCCUCCUUCCCUUCUUCCAGGCGUGGGCUAGUAUCGGCCGUGGCGAACUCGCAGCUGUGGAGGACGGAGCCGCCGGCGCUUCCCGGGCAAGGGAGCCCGCCAUGAGCGCAGGAGGGCAGCGUGCGCGCACUUAACGCCAGCAUGUUCGCAGCCAUGAGCAGGUAUCCGAGCGAGGCUGGGGCACAAUGAAUGGUGGUGAUGAGCCCGCUGGUGGAGAUCCAGGUGGGUGCCCGGUGGCUGUGCCUGUGGGCUGGCAGCGGAAGGUGGAGGAGGGCGCCGUGCGCUAUAUCAGUCCUAGUGGCACGAGUCUCACCUCGCUGGAGCAGACCCGCGCCUACCUCCUGACAGACGGCACCUGCAAGUGCGGCCUGGAGUGUCCGCUCAACGUGCACAGGGUUUUCAACUUCAGCCCGGUGGCCGUGGUGGUGCCGCGGGGAGGGGCCGGGGCCCAGGGUGACCAGGACAUGACCAAGCUGUGCAACCACCGCCGGAAAACCGUCGCCAUGGCCACCCUGUACCGCAGCAUGGAGAGCGCCGCGCCCCUGGGCCUGCCGCACCUGGGCCCAGGGGCCGGACUGAGCCAGAUGUAUCACUCGGGCAUCGCCAGCCGCCAGCAGCCAGCGCCUUUCGGCAGAGCGCCCGGCCCGGAGGGCGAGGGUCCCGGCAAGCCCCAGCCCGUGGAGAAGGCCCCAGCAGAUCCCUGCCUGGCCUGCCCCAGAGACCGUCCCACCGGCACCCGGCCCAGCCAGGCGUCGUCCUUCCCACGUCACCACAGCGCCCUCUUCGGGGACGUCUUCCCGGCCAGGACGCCCUGCGUCAGCUCCUCCGACGGCGCCUACCCUGGGCGCCCGGCCUUCCCCCUGCAGAGCUUUGGCCUGGAGCCCCUGGACGCGGCCCCCCGGCCCUUCCCCCUCGGCUCCCCCGCCGGCCUCCCCUUCCCCCCACCGGACGAGGUGGUGCCACCUGCUGCCCCCAGCCCACUGGGGAAGCCUCCGGUCCCCGCCACGGCGCCCCCCGAGGGGGCCCCCGCCUGGAGCAGCCGCGCCUGCCCACUGCCCGCAGGCGCCUCCCUCGGCAGGCUGGCAGCCUCCACCACGCUCUCCUCCGUCUCGUCGCCAGGGGGCAACGCCGAGCUGUCCCCCCAAUGCUCCUGCCCCUCCUCCACCUUCUCCGAGCCUGGGGGGCCCCCCCAGCCCUGCAAGGACGAGGCGCCGCCCAGCAAUGCCUUAGCCAACCAAAGCAGCAAUAACCCACCAGUGCCCUUAGGCGCCGUGCCCGAGGGCAGGGGGCCGCCCGGCUUCCUGGGCUUGCCCCUGAGCCAGCUGCUUCAGCAGCCGGGUGCCCCCUCCUUCCCCGCCAGCAGCCUGCUGAGCGCGGCUGCCAAGGCCCAGCUGGCCAGCCAGCAGCGCGCCGACGAGCCCCCCUCUAGCACUUUACCCGGGCGCCUGCUGGGCUCCAACGUGCUGCUCUCCGUGGUGGGCGGGCGGGCGCUGCCCAAGCCCCGGCGCCAGCGCCGCGCGCCCACCGUGCUGCGCCUGCUGAAGGACUCGGGGCAGGGCCCUGCCGGGCCGGAGGAGGCCCCCGCCCACCGGGCCCGGCCGCCCCCGGGGGGCGCCCCACCACCCGGAGAGGCCAAGGGCAGCCCCCUGGCCCCUCUCGCCCCCAGCCAGCCGCUGUCGUCCCUGCUGAGCCUGCUGGGUGCCCAGCCCCCUGGCCUGCCCCCGCUGCCCCUGGGCGACAGCCCCCCCAGCCUCCUGCCCUCCUUCCAGGAUGUCAACAGCCAGCUCCUCAGCCUCUUCAGCCAGCUGGCCUCCGCCUCCUCCGACCUGGCCUCAGGGAGCACCCCCCAGCCGAAAGCGCCCGCCCCCAGCAGCCCCGCAGGUGCCACCGUCUUGCCAGCCGCCACCAAAGCAGCCUCGGGCUCCGGCCCCUGCAGCGGCGCCGGGGAGGGCAGCCUGGGGGGCCAGCGGGGCCUGCCACCCCUGGCCCCCGAGCCCUUCCCCUUCCUGGGCCAGGAGCAGGUGCUGCCCUUCGGGGGCUUCCUGCCCCCUGGCCUCCUCCAGGGCGGCUUCCUCGGCUCCUUGCCCUUCUCCCUGGCCCUGAGCCAGCCGCAGCUGCUGGGCUGCCCGGGGCAGGGGGAGGCGCCACUGCCCACCCUGGGCCUGCCGGGCGAGCCCGAGGGGCAGGUGCUGCAGACCCUGCUCAUGGCCUCGCUGCUGCAGAGCCAGCCUCAGUCGCCCCUGCUGCCCCUGGGGGGCCUCGGCCUGGACCUGCUCCAGCAGCCCGGCGGCCUCCUCCCGGCCCUGCUGCCCCUGCCUGACCCGCCCUGCCAGGGGGACCUCCCAGACGGGCCCCUGCAGCCUCUGCUCUUCCCGGCGCUGCCCAGCUCACCCGCCGUCUUAGCUUUAAACUCGGCUCUGCUGGCAGCCGGCCUGGCAGCCCCCGACGCCCAGCCUGGCGUCGCCGGCUCUCCCAUGGCACCUACCUCGACCAACACGACGCCCGCGACUACUGAGGCCCCUGAGCCCCCUGGCGCCUUCGGCAGCGCCCCAGUGCCCCCCAGCUCCUCCGGGAGGCUCCACCCGCUGCUGCCCCCGCUGGUCAGCCCGCUGCUGAGUGCUGCGCUGCUGGCUGACCUGUCGGCGCUGGGCCCCCUGGGGGCCGCCGGGGGCCCCAUGCUCCAGAGCCAGCCGCAGCUGCUGCCUCCUGCCCUGCCAGCGCCCCUGGGCUUCCAGCUCUUCCAGGGCCAGCCCCCCGUGCUGAGCCCACUGGGCAGCUCCAGCCCCCUGGCCUGCCUCCUGCAGCUCAGCCCUGGGUUCAGCGCCCCCGAGAAGCUGGCGCCGGCACCGAGCGAAGGCCCCUCCUCGAACCCGCCCAGCGUCCCGGAGCCCGAGCCGCCGGCCCCCUUCACCCCCUUCUGCAUGGACGCUGCCCCGCCUGCCCUGCCAAGUGCCUUAGACUCCCCUGCAGUGCCCAGGGCCACAGACUGCCUGGCCACAGGCCCCCUGGAGCCGGCCAGGCCAGGCCAGCAGGGAGCGCUGGGCUUUGCCACCCCCGUGGGCCAGCUGGAGAGAGGCGCCGCAGGACCCCCCUGCUCCAGGACCCCCCUGAAACGGGCCCGGCACAGCGGGGAGGGGCUCAAUGGCAACAUGGCCCCCCGCAGAACCAAGAGCGCCCGCCGUGGGGCCAGGCGAGGCCGUGGGGCCUGGGGGAGCCGGCGGCACUUCAAUGGGCAGGCGAGUGAGCCGGGCGAGAAGCCAGCACCCUCGGGGCACCUACCCCACCCGGCCUGGAGGUGCAAUGGUGAGAUCCCGGUGCCAGGCACGGCCAGCCCACUUGCCCCCAGCAAAGCAGAGGAGAUAAAGGGGAACCCUGGGAGGCUGCGCCCGUCCCGCCGGGGCCGGAGGAGGAAGGUCAGCGCCCCCCAGCCUAGCACCCGCCUGGAGACACCGCGAGCGAGGGGCCCAACUGCUGAGCCAGGCUCCGUCCCCACUGAGGAUGGUGCCCCCGGGCGGCGCCCCCGGCCUGGCCGCCCCGCCAAGAACCGCCGCAGGAAGCUGGUGACGUAGCCUUGGCCCAGAGGUACCCAGGGGAGGUGAAGCUGAGCGAGGCCCAGCCACCCACAGCCAGGAACGAGCCCCCGCUGGGGGGGCCCUGUGGACAGUGGGGGGCCCGGAGCAGGUGCCGUUGCUGGCAAUGGGCACUUCCCGCUCCACCCAGCAGGAGGCAGUGCUGGGCCGCGGCCUGCCAAAGCACUUCUGAAGCCAUUUUGCAAUGCAGUGACAUGCCAGGGAGCCGUGGCAGCGCUACGGGGGGGCACGAGCCUGUGCUGUCCCUAGACUGGGGCCAGGGCUCCCAGCUGCUGCCAUUCUGCCCCCCCACCGGCAUCAAGGCUGGGGGGGAGGGCUCCUCCCCUACCUCAGGCCUGCGGGUCUCAGCAGGGCCAGGAACGCCUCAGGGGUUAGCUUACCGCACGUCCCGCUCACCAAAAACCUCCCUGUGCCCCUCGCCAGGGGGCAGCCCCCCCGGGCAAUGGUACAAAGCAAUAAUCGUGGCCCCAGCCCGGGCAGGGGCAGGGCCUGGGACGCCGGCUCAGCCAUGGGGCACCGGGGGGGCCAGGCCCCAGCCUCCUUUCUCCUUGUUUUGAACUCCUCCGAGAACACUCAGGUCCGGCGGCUGGCGGGGCCCGGCCGCGUCGCCAGCGCCACCCACCCACCCACACUACGCGCUCCCAGGCUGCUGGUGGGAAUUAUGCAAAGCGGGGGCUGGGCCCUGCCCCCCCUCACCGACAGUUGCUUUUGUAGACGCUGGAACCGGCGCUUUUCCAUGGGAGCCACUUAAUUUAACAGCUGGGGGCCAAGCGCCGCUGGCUCUUCCGCGGGGAUUUGGGGUGUUUUGUAUCAAUUAUUAAAAUGUGUAUUUAAAAGC